UUUUAGAAAUUUCGCUGAGAAUAUAAUUUGGAGGGAAAGCCUUUAAAUUUUGGCUUCAAGCUAUCAUCAGCGCCUCUGUCAUGUCAACAUGCAAACAACAAGAACCGUCACAGCGGCGAAGGGCGAAAUGGGGCGAAGUGAACCUAGCCCUACUUUCGGUGUGAAAAGGUGUUUUCGUUCGCUGAGAGAAAAAAUGAAAAACUAUCAAUUUAAUAAUGCGGAAAACAAGCCGCUGGAGGAAUUAAAGCUCUCUUGGGAGGGAUGCCAAAUUCCAGCCAUGAGCGAGGAAUUUGCCGUGAAGAGAUACCGUGCCAAAUAUACAGCAUUGCCCAUGGAGGAUUUGGAAGUGACAACCAAUGAUGAGGCAAUCGGAGAAUGGAUACAAAAUACCCAACUCUUCGAAAUGGAAAUUGAGAGUCUUUUGAAGUUGGAUUUUCACAGAUUUUGGACAACAAUGCUCUUCGAUUCAGAGGCAAUUAACAGUAUUACGAGCUUUCUCCAAGAAUCAACUCCGUGUUAUUUGCCACUUCCGACGAUAACAAGUAACCAGGAGAUUAUUGGAUUGUACGCGAGGAUUUUGCAGAAAGUUCUGGCCGUCGUAUGUCGAUUGAUAACGAACAAAGAUUCUGACACUGAGUGGAUAUCAAAACAAUAUCUGGCAACAGUGAUCUAUUCUAAUUACCUGAUUUCGAUUCCACUAUUUUUUGAUCUCUUGACAACUUAUGGGCGCACAAAUGGCGGUAUUUUGGAGAAGAUCUUCGAAAAUAUAGUGAAAAUUGAGCCAAAAUACUUGAGUGAUCUGGAGCAAGCGCUAAGAUUUAUUCAGAAGAGCUUUGCGACUAUAGAAGAGCAAUUAGGAAAGGGGAGUGCGUCAGAGACAGUUCAAUUGCUGAAUGACUUGUGCCUUCAUACACUGGAUUGCGCUACAAGUCUCAGCAUUUUGAUGGACGUCUGCCCGGCAUCGCGAGAUAUUUGCGUGAAGAUAAAUAUGGAGCAGAUAAUAACAAGCGUCUACGAUAACUUCAUUCCUAAUCUCUACCGAUGUGUUUACAUGUAUGACGAGAAAUCACCGUACGUGCAAUUACUCAACCGAGCACGUGUUGAGUUGCUUUCGGCCUUUCGCAGUAUUGUCAACACGUUUAUUGGGAAUAUUCUUAUUGAGAAUCAGAAGGCGAAGGUCUUGGAACUUGUAGAGGCGCUUUUGUCCAUCUUCACGCUAAGUCUCUCGGAUAAUGUCUUCGUGACAGAUUACCAGAGCUUCUAUCCCAUUGAGAAUGACAUUGAAAUUCUUCGUCAGGCGUGUCCCAAAAUGGAUACAUUCAAAGCCGAUUUCAUACUUCAGGCAUUCCUCUCAGGUGAGGAGAACAAUUUCGCGAAGCUUCCUAAGCAAUCAACAAAAACAAAUUACAUAAAUGGUUGUGCUGAUUUGGAGGAAGAAGGCGCUUGUGCUUUGCCUAUGAUCACAGAGCAGGACGCCAAGUUAUCGUCAGUCGAUAUUGAAGAACAAGUGAAGAUAGUGCAGGACAUUUUGCCGGACUUUGGUGAUGGAUUUGUGAGGAAACUUCUUUCGCGUUAUGAGAAUACAGAGUCUGCCAUCGCUGCGGUACUGGAAGGCAAUCUCCCUCCGGAUUUGGACAAAUGCGAUAAGACUGAGAUAUACAUUCCGCCGGACAAUCAGGAACAGCAAUUGCUGGAGGCUGGAGUGAGCAGGAUAAAUAUUUUCGAUGGGGAUGACUACGAUGUAAGGGUGAAGGAGAAGCCAAAAGGUAUCAUUAAGACCGGAAAGGGUUUUCCGGGGCAGCCAAAGACAGCUAAAGAUCUGCUCGAUGAUAAGAGUCACGUGAAAGAGCUGAAGAGUCGCUAUGAAGCCUAUUCAAUGGUUAUGGAAAAUGACUAUGAUGAUGAAUAUGAUGACAGUUUUGACGCGCAAUUCUCUACGACGGCUAAAAGGCCACAAUCGACACGAGAUGUUCUGGUUGAUGAGAUCUCCAGUCAGUCUGAGGAUGAAGAAGAGGAAACCGAGCCGGAAACGAGCGUUAAAAAGAAUUCGUUGAAUUUCUGUGAGAAUCCAGAGACACUUCGUGCCAAGUACGAACAGAAGAGACAACAAAAGUACGGCAAUCCUAAGAGAGAUGUUGUCGGGAAGGCAAAGGGCCAGGGCCAGACUGAGGCUGUACUAACCAAUCGGAACAAAAAGGAAGUGCACAAGUCAUCGAGGGCGAACCACAAUCGUAAGCAGGGAUCAUCGUGGAAGAGAAAUCGUGGAAUGAUUCCAUCAUAAAAUGGUUACAAGAGUGAAGAUGAAGAUUAUGUGAAUUUAUAUAAA